GCGGGCUGCUCUGCAAUUAAUGCACGCAUUUAAAACUCCCGAAGCUGUGGACGCCAUGCACAGGAAACACCUCCAGGAGAUUCCCGACCAGAGUAGCAACGUUACUACCAGCUUCACGUGGGGAUGGGAUUCUAGCAAGACUUCUGAAUUGCUCUCAGGCAUGGGGGUGUCCGCCCUGGAGAAGGAAGAGGUGGACAGUGAGAACAUCCCCCAGGAGCUGCUGUCCAACCUGAGCCACCCUCAGAGCCCCCCACGAAAACGGCUGAAGAGCAAAGGGAAUGACAAGGACUUUGUGAUCGUCCGCAGAUCUAAGCUAAAUCGAGAGAACUUUCCAG